GCCGCGCGCCGUAAUCCCCGCCGCCGCCCGCUGGGCCGGAGGAGGCGGAGCCGGCGCUGUCCCGGCUCCGGUGCGGGGAAGCAGCUGAGGAGGCGGCGCGGCGGGCCCAGGCGGCCAAAAAGGCUGGCAGGUGGCGCCGGUAGCGUGGGGAGAGCGGCGCCGUGGAGUGGGCGCACCCGGCGGAAGGAGUCCACUCCAUGCGUGCGGGCCGAGACCGGCCCCUGCGAGCCGCAGACAUGAAGAAAGACGUGCGGAUCCUGCUGGUGGGAGAACCUAGAGUUGGGAAGACAUCACUGAUUAUGUCUCUGGUCAGUGAAGAAUUUCCAGAAGAGGUUCCUCCUCGCGCAGAAGAAAUCACCAUUCCAGCUGAUGUCACCCCUGAGAGAGUUCCAACACAUAUUGUAGAUUACUCAGAAGCAGAACAAAGUGAUGAACAACUUCAUCAAGAAAUAUCACAGGCAAACGUCAUCUGCAUAGUGUAUGCUGUUAACAACAAACAUUCUAUUGAUAAGGUAACGAGUCGAUGGAUUCCUCUCAUAAAUGAGAGAACGGACAAAGACAGCAGGCUGCCUUUAAUUUUGGUUGGGAACAAAUCUGAUCUGGUGGAAUAUAGUAGUAUGGAGACCAUCCUUCCUAUUAUGAACCAGUAUACAGAAAUAGAAACCUGUGUGGAGUGUUCAGCAAAAAACCUGAAGAACAUAUCAGAGCUCUUUUAUUAUGCACAGAAAGCUGUUCUUCAUCCUACGGGACCCCUGUAUUGCCCAGAGGAGAAGGAGGUAACCUCCCAGAUGAAACCGGCCUGUAUAAAAGCCCUUACUCGUAUAUUUAAAAUAUCUGACCAAGAUAAUGAUGGUACCCUCAAUGAUGCGGAGCUCAACUUCUUUCAGAGAAUUUGUUUCAACACUCCAUUAGCUCCUCAAGCUUUGGAAGAUGUCAAGAAUGUAGUGAGAAAGCACAUAAGUGAUGGUGUGGCUGACAGUGGACUGACACUGAAAGGUUUUCUCUUUUUACACACACUUUUUAUCCAGAGAGGGAGACACGAAACUACGUGGACUGUGCUUCGACGAUUUGGUUAUGAUGAUGAUCUGGAUUUGACGCCUGAAUAUUUAUUCCCCCUGCUAAAAAUACCUCCUGAUUGCACUACUGAAUUAAAUCAUCAUGCAUAUUUGUUUCUCCAGAGCACCUUUGACAAACAUGAUUUGGAUAGAGACUGUGCUUUGUCACCUGAUGAGCUUAAAGAUUUAUUCAAAGUUUUCCCUUACAUACCUUGGGGGCCAGAUGUGAAUAACACAGUUUGUACCAACGAAAGAGGCUGGAUAACCUACCAGGGAUUCCUUUCCCAGUGGACCCUUACGACCUAUUUAGAUGUACAGCGGUGCCUGGAGUAUUUGGGCUAUCUAGGCUAUUCGAUAUUGACUGAACAAGAGUCUCAAGCUUCAGCCAUUACAGUAACAAGAGAUAAAAAGAUAGACCUGCAGAAAAAACAGACUCAAAGAAAUGUGUUCAGAUGUAACGUAAUUGGAAUGAAAAACUGUGGGAAAAGUGGAGUUCUUCAGGCUCUCCUUGGAAGAAACUUAAUGAGGCAGAAGAAAAUUCGUGAUGAUCAUAAAUCCUACUAUGCAAUUAACACUGUUUAUGUAUAUGGACAAGAGAAAUACUUGUUGUUGCAUGAUAUCUCAGAAUCGGAAUUUCUAACUGAGGCUGAGAUCAUUUGUGAUGUUGUGUGCCUGGUGUAUGAUGUCAGUAAUCCCAAAUCCUUUGAAUACUGUGCCAGGAUUUUUAAGCAACACUUUAUGGACAGCAGAAUACCCUGCUUAAUCGUAGCUGCAAAGUCAGACCUGCAUGAAGUUAAGCAAGAAUAUAGUAUUUCACCUACUGAUUUCUGCAGGAAACAUAAAAUGCCUCCACCACAAGCCUUCACUUGCAAUACUGCUGAUGCACCCAGUAAGGAUAUCUUUGUUAAGUUGACAACAAUGGCCAUGUACCCAGAGGAUCAUUACAGAAACAGACUCUCCCGAGACAUGGGCAACACUGAUAGAAUAGAGAAUUUGAGAAAAAUCUGGGUCUUUCUAAAAACUGCUUUCCAUGCCCGGUUACGCUGUAUGUGCACCUGCAACAGGUGCACAUUUUGCAUCUGUCAGAACUUCCUCAACUCAGACUUGCUGCAAUCUGUAAAGAACAAAAUCUUCACUGCAGUUCUUAACAGGCACGUGACACAAGCUGACCUCAAGAGCUCCACAUUUUGGCUUCGAGCAAGUUUUGGUGCUACUGUUUUUGCAGUUUUGGGCUUUGCUAUGUACAGAGCAUUAUUGAAACAACGAUGAUUAAAACAAAAUGCGGUCCCUACCAAAAACAAAUACUUUUAUGUACAUUCUGAAUGCUUUAAAUUCUGCUAGAAAUAUUGAGAUAUUUAUACAUGCAGAGUUACUUUAUUAAUAUUUGUAAUUCAUGCGUAAGAGUAUUUUAAUGAUAGAUAUAACUGCAGUAUUGGCUAGUAUAUGGAAAGAAACAGCUAACAGCCAAACUAAAAUGGCUAAAUUUCAGAGGCCAAAAGGGAAUAUUUUGUAAAUAAUGUACAUAUUCAGGCAAGAUGUGGUCUCCUAAACUGAGUACUAGAAAUGACGUUUCUAGACAUUUCUACGUGGUAUUGUUAGUGCUCACAGGCUCGCUCUCCUAGUUUUAAGUCAGUCCAGAGAUUGUAUUUACUCACGGAUCACUUAUUUAUUUCACAUUUACUCAGAACGAUCCUUUGGGUUCUGUAAGUACAUGUGGCACAAUUUGCCACUCUUCUCUCCAUUUUUAAAAAUACACAAGCCAGUGUCAGCUUACCAAGUUGACUUUCUUUCAGUCACUUCUGGUAGGCCAGCCUCGAAGCCAUCCUGCAGUCUAGAAAAUUGUAUAGCUGAGUAUGCAGCUCUUUUAAGAAAGAAGUAAGGUUAAAAGCAAUUAGCAGAGGUAUUAUCUAUGUGAUUAUGUUGCUUCUUUUGUCAGUAUGUUAAAUUUUAUAGCCCUUUCAAUCAAAUGAGGAAGACAAUUUGUAUAUUAUUGUUUUUAGUUUAAAUAAAGAGUCACCCUUACUACUGUUGAAUUUCUUCCCAAAGUGUAAAUCAUUCUAUAACGGCUGUGUCUAUUACAGUGUAUUAGAGUAGCUGCAUGUGUCAUGAAGUGUUCUAUAUCUGGCUAGGAUAACCUAGAGGCAGUACUUUUUUAAUAAUAAAAUAAAUCUAAUGAAUAUAAACUCUCACGAUAAACCUAUUUUUUCCAUCAUUGACUUUUUCAGGUAUUUAAAUAAAUAACUACUGUGUACUGUGA